AUGGCAAGAAAUUAUUCGAAGAAUAAAAUUAAAGUCAGUUGUCAAUUCAAUUUUUUUUUUUUAUUAGAUUAUUAUUUUAUGAAACAAAAUAAUUAUUUUAAUUAUCAUGUGCAUUUAUUAUAUUUCAUUGUAAUCUUAUUCAACAAUAAUACAAAUGUUCAAUCAGCUUGGUUUUAUUCAGAAACUACAAAUAUGGAAAAAACUACACCGAAUCCUUUUGAUACUUCAGAGAAUGUAGGAAAAAUACAGAAAAUAUAUUAUCUUAAAUCUGAUAAUAAUAUAUGCUUUAUUAUGAAAGCAGAGAUUAAACUUGUUAUCCCUUUAAACGGAUCAAAGGAAAAUAUUACAUCCCAUUUGGAUUCUACAACUAAAAAUAUCGAGUUUUCUGGAUUCUGUGAUUCUACUUUAACUCAUUUAUCAGUGAAAUGGAUACAUUUAAGUCAAAAAUCUCCAUGGCUGUUAACAUUUAUUUUCAAAUUAUACGCAAAUGAUUAUUAUACAUUUGAUUCAACUAAUUUUAAUUAUGUAUUGAAUGAUGAGGAAAUUUAUUCAUCAUCAAGCGAUCAAGUAUUUUCUGUUCAAAAAGAUCAAUAUUACAAUUGUACUAAAACAAUAAAAAUUGAACUUCACCCUUCGGACCGAAAUUAUAGUACAGUACGCUUAAUAUUCAAAAGUCUUGAAGUCGAAGCCUUUCGGGAAAGUCCUGGAACUAGUUACGUUGGCAAAGAAUCACAUUGUUCCAGUGAUGAUAAAGAAAGUUUGACAUACAUCAUUGUGAGUAUAUCUAUCUUCAUUAUGGCUGUGGUCAUGAUAUUCGUCUUGUGCUUAAGCAAUGAUGAAACUCAAGUAGUUGGAGUUGAUCAUUAUAGAUAAUACAAUACUUUAAAUUACUGACUAACUUAUCGAAUGAUGAACCUGUUCUCUUAAUGCAACCAAUUUAUUUCAAUAAUUGUAUUUUAUCAGUUUGUAUUUAGACGUGUACGUUGUUUUACUUACUAAACAUUUACGUCUAGUAUCUUUCAUACGUUACAAAUUAUUCAAUUUAUAUAUAAACUUAUUGUUUGAA